UACAUAUAUGAAAGUUAAUUGUAACAAUUGGAAAGAAAGGAAAGUGAUUUAAGUAACAAUUUAAACAAUUUCGUUUUUCUAAUAAUUUUCUAGUUGAUUAAUUGCUUUUUACCCAUCGACAAUUAGUAAAUUAUCAUGGUAAUUAGGCUCGGAAUUCAGUAUUUAAGGCUUGGUGUCUUCUAUUGAGAUGAUUAUUGAUCUUAUUGUUGAUUAGUUGAUUAGUUGAUUGUUUUAGUUUUUUCUUCUGGUUUAUUGUGAACAAUAAGAUGAAUACAACACCAGAACUUUAUGAUAAAUCAAAUAAGUUGCAGAAAAAAGAUUCUGAGUUUAUCAUUCGAAGAUUACAAAAAGAUCAUGAGAACAAAAUUCCAGAGUUAAUUGUUGAUCUCGGUUGUGGAACUGGAAAUAUAACAGAACGAGUAUGGUGCAGUUUUCCUGAAACUCGAACUGUUGGAGUUGAUUGUAGUAGAAAGAUGAUCGAUUAUGCUAUCGAUCGUUAUUCCACCUACAAUUUGGACUUUUAUGUGGCCGAUAUUUGUUCCGAUUGGAAAAUUCUAUCCGAGAAUAUGGAAGUAGAAAAAGGUUCCGUCGAUGCGGUUCUGUCUUCGUAUUGUCUUCAUUGGAUAUCGGAUGCGGAUAUGGAAAAGGUGAUGAAAAACAUUAACGAAAUGCUGAAACCAGGUGGGAGAUGUUAUUUUGCUGUAUUCUCUUGGAGUUGGUUGUUACCUUUCCAGGAACAGAUAAUCUACCAGAAACCAUGGGACAGUUACUUUCGUAAACUUGAUCUGAUUAAAAACGGAAAAGAGGAAACAAAAUCUGAUCGAAAAAGUGAACCGAGGAAAAUAUCUUCACCGUCGAUUCGUUCAUCCAAUAGGCCAGGAGAAUCUGAUUUCUCACCAUUAUCUGAAUCGAUUGAAUCUCCCGAUGAACAAUCAACCUCUCAACUUUAUUCCGAAUCACCAGCAACUCCAUCAUUACCUGUCCACGAAUUAAAGACCAAUGAAAAGGUUUUAACUCGAAAAAUCUCGAUAACCAAAAUAACCGAAGAAAAAGUCGAACCUAAAAUUGUUCGGCGAAAAUCAUCAGCUCCAUUUCCAGUCUAUGAAAUUCCCCCUGAAAAGGUAAGAAUUGAAAAGUGGAAUAAAUUCUGUGAAGAUGCUGAUCUAAAAUCGAUCGAGAUAAAAGUUCAUGAUACAACAUUCACAUAUCAGGAUAUCGAAGGAUUUAAAGGAGAACUACAAUCUUUGUGUCACUAUUUAUAUUACCUACCAAAAGAAUUACAUUCAGAUUUUCUCGCCGAUUAUUACGCUCACAUGGAUCGUUGUUUCAUCUCUCGACAAGACACUUUACCCGCGAUUCGAGUUCAGUACCAAUUUCUAACCGUCGUGGCCGAGAAAAGUCACUAAUUAACAUUUGGAGAGGCGAAAAUAUAUCAAGCAAGAAAAAAGAACAAAAAAAAAGUAAGAUUAAGAAAAGAUCAGCUGAUAAGAUUAUCUUCAAUCUCUUACACAUUCAACAAUCCGAGUAAAUGUUUAUCUUAUAUUAAUCAUUUUCAUUCAUUAAUUGUCUCAUAGUAACAAUUAAUCUCUUAGUUUAUCCUGGUUUUGUUCAUUUACUAUUAUUUUUGUUGUUAAAAAUAUGAUAGAUUAACAGAACUGAUAAUAUAUUUAUCGUUGAUUAAUCAAUAAUAUCAAACGUAAUUGUGAAAUAAUAAAAACACAAUUUUGAGUC